GGGCGUUGAAAUCGAGACCAUAUCGCCAGGAGACGGCGGGACAUUUCCAAAAAAGGGCUAGACAUGUGUUGUUCACUAUAUUGGAAUGUUGCAGAAUGGAAAGAAGUUUGAUUCUUCCAGAGACCGAGGCAAGCCUUUCAAAAUCAAGUUUGGCAAGCAGGAAGUAAUUAAAGGUUGGAAAGAAGGCGUAGCACAGAUGAGUUUGGGGCAAAGGGCAAAACUGACCUGUACUCCCGAUGUGGCAUACGGUGUAACAGGUCACCCAGGAGUCAUCGCAGCCAAUGCCACCCUUAUCGAGCUGCUGAAGUUGGAGUGAAGAAUUCCUUCGUUGAUAUUUGGUUUCAAGGGAUGCCAUAGGGAGUCCUGGGUAUCAAUACAGUGGAAUCGAUCUUCAAACUGACUUCUGUGAGCCACUGA